UCUUCAAUUAAGUAUUUGAAAAACAGAAAUCUUGUGCUAUCUGACAUGUAAUUGGUACAAGUAUUUGAUGUUGCCAAAUAUUCCUUACUUUCGAUCAUCAUAUUUGAUUUAUAAAGCUAAAAAUGGUUAAUUUCGACAGGGUUUAUGAAGAUAUUUUAAGUUAUAGGAGCAAAGAAUUUAGUCAUUUUGUAUGGGCCAACAAAAAAUGUAAUCCAAGGCUUGCAGUGGAACAACCAACUCGACCUUCGCCUUUCCAGCACAAGCAAGCAGUAUUAAACAGUCUUAAAAUUAAAGAUUUAUUGGAUAAAUUGAGUAUAACCUUAAAUGUUUCCAAAGAUGAGUUGGGAACACAAGUGAAGAGAAUUUUGGACGAAAUAGCCUACAAGAAAAAUUUAAACAUUAUUCGAGCUUUGGCAAUAGCAUUAACCAAAAUAUGUUUAAAAGUAUGUAAUGGAAUCCAAGUCAAUUUCAAUGGAAUUUCUAAGUUGAAAAGUUAUAUGGGUCAAUGUCCCGUAAUUUUUGUACCUACACACAGGAGUUAUGCAGACUUUAUUAUAUUUUCAUAUGUUUGCUUCACAUAUGAUAUUGAAAUUCCAGCAAUUGCCGCAGGAAUGGAUUUUCAAGGAAUGUUGGGCAUGGGUGAGAUUCUGAGAAAUACAGGAGCAUUUUAUUUAAGAAGAGCUUACAGCGAUGACCCCCUAUACUGGACUACAUUUAAGCAAUAUGUGUAUCAACUAGUUACCAAAGGAGACCUUCCAAUUGAAUUUUUUAUUGAAGGAACCAGAAGUAGAAGCAAUAAGUCAUUGAUCCCAAAAUAUGGAUUUAUCAAUAUGAUAUUAAAAGCAUUUUUCUUCUCUGAAGUACCUGAUAUUUUGUUUGUUCCCGUUAGUAUAAGUUAUGAUAGGAUCUUAGAAGAAAGCUUGUUUGCUUUUGAAUUACUCGGUAUUCCAAAGCCAAAAGAAACAACGAAGGGUUUUUUUAAGUCUUUAAAAAUUCUUAAAGAACACUUUGGUAAUGUAUACAUUCACAUUGAUGAUCCAAUUUCGGCCAAGGCAUUCUUAGGCGAUAAAGUUGACAGAUCAGUGCACAGUCUUUCUCCGUUGUAUCAGCAAGAAAUGACAGAUGAAGAAAAAUCCUUAAUUUCACCAUUUGGGUAUGAAAUUGUACGCCGGCAACAAAAUGCUAAUGUUAUCACCACAUUCAAUUUGGUAGCCACAGUUUUAAAUGUCAAUCUCUCUCUUGGAAACGAGUUUAUGUCUAUAGAUAUGUUAUUAGCAGAAGUGGAAUACUUGUCCCUCAUUUUGACAAAUUUGGGAGCAUACAUUUUCGAGCAAAACUUUAGACAAGGUUUACAGCAAAGUUUGGUUGUCCAUCAAAACUUAAUUAGAAUUCAAUCAAAUGGAGCCAUUGGUUUGGUUGAAAAUUCCAUUGUUUUGGAUGCAGCAAAUCUAUCAAAAUUAAAAGGGCACACAUUUUCCCAAGAAGUAAUGAAUUAUUCUGUGCCAUUUGUUAUGCUGCAGAUGUAUACAAACCCAGUUCUCCAUCACUUAAAGGAUGUAGCAUUUAUUGGAGUCGUGUUGAAAAGUGUACCUAAUCUAGAUAAAGAUGAAUUAUUUCAGCACUUCAAGUUCCUGAAAUCUUUGUUUGCUAACGAAUUUGUUUCUUUUAACGAUUGGCUGGAAAAGGAUUAUGAUGCAGCAUUGGAACAUGCCCUCACCGAAAAUUUAAUUGUUACAAAAAAUGCGAGUUAUGCCUUAGCAGGAACUGCAAAGUUAAAUAAUAUUUUUAGGAACAGUAUCGAACCUUUUUUUAUGUCAUACUUUGUCGUACUUGAUGUAUUACUGAAAAGCUCAAAUUUUUGCGAGGAAAAGAAUAUUUUGGUUAAUGCUCAACAGUGGCUGGAGUAUGUUAUUGACCAGCGUGAUGUAUUCAUACAUCCUUAUUGUUUGUCUUUAGAAACUUUAGGCAACUGUUUAAAUAGUCUGUGUAAUAUGGGUGUGUUAAAAAAAAGGAUAAGGAAUAAAGCAGCAUUGUUUGAAAUAGAUCAACAUAAGGUUGAGAUUGUAAAAGGCAGAUUAGAAAUGUACAUUCCGGAAGUCAGUGUAAUACUUAAUUUCAACAAACAUGGGAAAAACAAAUUGUAAAGUUGUGCUAUGUUUUGGAUUUAAUUUUUGUAUAACUUUAUUAAAUUUUGUGUUUAUAAUUUGACUUAAUUUCUUGUAAAGUUUCAUUUUAGCUAUAUUUUUGUACUAAGCAUUUAAAAUAAAAAUAUGUGAGAAGGUAUGUCGGAGCA